GAUUCUGCUAGUGACCUUCGGAGUAGCGCGACGCUGGGGUUAAAUCGAUACGUGGACUGUACUAAUGCGAGGGAUUUGGUGAUCUAUAGUAGGAGCAUAGCGAAGCGACCCGCGGGUACGGACGAGCGCGAUAAUAAUGCCGCCGAGGAAACGAAGUCGCGAUGAUGCGGAUGGCCACACGUCGCUGGGAUCGCCACCGAAGAAGCAUAGGCUUCGUUCGUCGACACGUCUGCAGGAGCAGCGACAGCAGAGGGCUUCAGUUGAAGAAGAUGCAAAAGCAAAGGGAGUAUCCAAAGGAAAAUCUACCAAGUCCGCAACGUUGAAAACAAAGAAGGCCAUCGCGAAAGCACCUCCCCAGUCUACCAAAGCUUCAAGCAAUGUACCUCCACCAAAGAAGAACAAGCUCACCAGCACCUCCCCAUCUACUGUGGAAGUAAACGAUAACGAAAACGAUGCUUCAACAUCAAUUCACCCAGAACCACUCACAAUUGAAUCGCCGCUCCUAAAGUCCCCCUUACACUGCGAACUCUGGCAUGGCCAACGACCUGUCACCACCACCUCAGCCUCCUCUACAAACGACAACCCCGAACCACCUCCCCUGAUAUUCACCCACGGCGCAGGCGGCACCCUCUCCGCUCCCGCCGUCGUAUCAUUCUGCAAAGCCUUCUCAUCGCCCUCCCCCUCCAUCUCCAACCCCAUCCUCGCAUUCCAAGGAACCAUGAACCUACCCUCCCGCACCAAGGGCUUUCACGCAUGUAUCGCCCACCUCUCCCAGCCCUCCAAACCCAGCGACGACGAAGACGCAGUAAACAAGAGCAGGAAUCUACUCCUCGGCGGCCGAAGCAUGGGAUCCCGCGCCGCGGCUAUCGCAGCGACAGAGUACCUCUCCGCCUCGCCGUCGGCGUCACUCGACCUCCUGCUAGUAUCGUACCCCCUCGUCGGGCCUAAACCGCCCAUCCGCUCUGCACCGCUGCUCGCGCUGCCCGCUGGUGUGGCCGUGCUGUUCGUCGUCGGCGAUAGGGAUGGCAUGUGUCCGCUCCCUGCGCUCCACACCGUGAGGAAGGAGAUGAAGGCGAGGAGCUGGGUUGUUGUUGUUAGGGGCGCGGAUCACGGUAUGGCAGGGCGGAAGGGGGCGUUGGCUGAGGAGGGAGGGAGAGCGGCGGGGGAGUGGGUUAGGGGGCGGAGGUGGGAUGAAGGGGAGGUGAGGGAGGUUGGGUGA